UUUCGGGAGAGCAGGAAACUGGAGGAGCCGCGGGAGCGGAGCGAGUUGUAAAGGCCGGAAAAAAGCGCGGAUUUCGGCCUUAUUUACUGGAUUUACCGGCCAAAACACACGACCGCGCCGCGCCGGAGGGGAACAGGCGUCGUUUGGGCGCUUUAAACGGAGGUUUGGUGUUGUUUUUUGACGCUUUUUUCCCCGCUGCCUCUCUCCUCUGGCUCGGCUCUGCUUUUCUCCUCGAAAUCUGAGGAGGAGGAGGAGGAGGAGGAGGAGGAGGAGGAUGGCGGCUCGGCUCAGCACCAGCUAAACAACCAAACUAAAGGUUUUUAAAUGCUUUCCCUGGAUUUCCUCGCCUUACAGGCCAGUUUGGGUGUCCACAAGUGGAGCAGAUGCACUUUUCCCUGUGUCCGGCUGACCCGAGUUGCUCAACUGCCCCCAAGUCUCGGCUGAUUCAGCACAAGUCGAAUAUUUUGUGAUGAGAUUUUCCUCUUUCACGCCUGACGAUGAUUUCAGGGUGUAGAUAAUAUCAGCUGUCGGAUUAUUCCCAGUUUUAUGGAUCCUCGUGCGUCCCUGUGGGAGUAAGCGAAGGAAAACUGCAGGAAAAAGCGGCGUUUACGGGGUGAAAUGUCCCGCAGUGACUGAGAUCCGGUGGAGCCGCAUAUGAGGUGAAUCCAGCCUGGAUGGGCUCAGUGGUUUGGAUGGCUGGGAGGAGAAGCUUCAACUGAAAGGCUUUAUCAUCUGAAAACUGCUCCUGGUCUGAUUAUUAGAUUGGAUUUAAUCUUACAGGCAACAACCACAUCAGAUCUGCCAAGAUGAUGUGCGAGGUGAUGCCCACCAUUAGCGAGGCGGAGGUGGGGAGUAACGGGGACGGCCGGGGGUCCGGAUCCCCCCUGCAGUCGGACUCCGAGGGGCACUUCGAGUCUCUGAUGGUGUCCAUGCUGGAGGAGCGAGACAGACUGCUGGACACUCUGAGAGAAACCCAGGAGAACCUGGGACUCACGCAGAGCAAACUGCACGAGGUCAUGCACGAGAGAGACUCCCUGCAGAGGCAGCUGAACACGGCCCUGCCGCAGGAGUUUGCGGCGCUGACUAAGGAGGUGAACAUGUGCAGAGAGCAGCUUCUGGAGAGAGAAGAGGAGAUCGCGGAGCUGAAGGCCGAGAGAAACAACACACGGCUGCUGCUGGAACAUCUGGAGUGUUUGGUGUCCCGUCAUGAGCGUUCUCUGAGGAUGACGGUGGUGAAGCGUCAGGCCCAGUCUCCGGCCGGGGUGUCCAGUGAGGUGGAGGUCCUGAAGGCCCUCAAGUCUCUGUUUGAGCACCACAAAGCCCUGGACGAGAAGGUGAGGGAGCGGUUGCGGGUUGCUCUGGAGAGGUGCAGCGCUCUGGAGGAGCAGCUAACAGCUUCUCAUAAAGAGAUCACGGCACUCCGAGAUCAGAACAAUCAGAAGAAAGUGCUGAUCGACGGCCAGACGGAGAUCAACCACAACUCUGAGAGCGUGCCGAGCACCAACGGCAAGAGGUCGUCGGAUGGCUCUCUGGGUCCGGAGGAGGAAGGAGGGAAGGUGACGGAGCUUCAGGAGGCGAUGGACCGGCAGAGUAAAGAGCUCCUGCAGAUGAAGGAGCGCGUGGUCUCCCUUAGCAACAGAGUCAGCGAGCUGGAGGAGGACCUGGACACCGCCCGCAAAGACCUCAUCAAAUCGGAGGACAUGAACACGCGCCUGCAGAGGGACCUGAGAGAGUCCAUCGCUCAGAAGGAGGAUAUGGAGGAGAGGAUCACUACGCUAGAGAAACGCUACCUGGCCGCUCAGAGAGAGGCCACGUCUGUUCACGACCUCAACGACAAACUGGAGAACGAACUCGCCAACAAGGAUUCGCUCUUCCGCCAGACGGAGGAUAAGAACAGGCAGCUGCAGGAGAGGCUGGAGCUGGCCGAGCAGAAACUCCAGCAGACCAUCCGCAAAGCCGAGACGCUCCCGGAGGUGGAGGCGGAGCUUGCUCAGAGAGUCGCCGCCCUCACCAAGGCUGAGGAGAGACACGGCAAUGUGGAGGAGCGCCUGCGGCAGAUGGAAGCUCAGCUGGAGGAGAAGAACCAGGAGCUGCUCAGGGCCCGUCAGCGGGAGAAGAUGAAUGAGGAGCACAACAAGCGUCUGUCUGAGACGGUGGACAAACUUCUGUCGGAGUCCAACGAGAGGCUACAGCUCCACCUGAAGGAGAGGAUGGCGGCCCUGGAGGACAAGAACGCCCUCAUCCGUGAGCUGGAUCACACAAAGAAACUGAUCGAGGAGGCUCACCACGACAAAGAGCAGCUGCUGAUCCAGAUAGAGACGAUGCGAUCGGAGAGCGAGCAGGACCGCAGCAGGAGUAACUCCAUCCUGCAUCAGGGGCGGUCUCACAUGGGCAGCACUCCAGACUUCAGGUACCCAGUAUCUGCGUCCUCCAUGAUGGACAGCCAUUCUGACCAUUACAGCAGCGCCCUGGUGCUCAGACGGCCCCAGAAGGGUCGGGCUGCUGCUCUGCGAGACGAACCCUCCAAGGUGCAGACUCUGAACGAGCAGGAGUGGGAGCGCGUCCAGCAGGCCAACGUUCUCGCUAAAGUCGCGUACGCGUUCGAGAGCGACGUGGACAUGUCUGAUAUGGAGGACGAUCGAGAGACGAUCUUCAGCUCGGUGGACCUGCUGUCCCCUGCUGGACAGGCAGAUGCACAAACGCUCGCGCUGAUGCUGCAGGAGCAGCUGGACGCCAUCAACAAUGAGAUCAGGAUGAUCCAGGAGGAGAAGGAGAGCACGGCUAUGAGGGCCGAGGAGAUCGAGUCGAGGGUGGGCAGCGGCGAGAGUCUCGGCGACCGUUUCCACUCCUUGGGCUCCAUCCCGCCCUCUUUCCACGGAUCCUUGCACUCUGGUUCGUCUCCGCCGGGCUCAGGUCACUCCACCCCCCGCAGAGCACCCCGCAGCCCCAACAGAGAGGUGGACCGCAUGGGGGUGAUGACCUUGCCUAGCGAUUUGCGGAAGCAUCGUAGGAAGCCUGUGCAAGACGACAAGGCCACAAUCAAGUGUGAGACGUCCCCCCCGUCGACCCCUCGCUCCAUGCGGCUCAGUAAGGGACACGCCGCCAGUCACGAAGACAUCCGAGACAUCCGGAGUAUUGCUGGACUGCAGGACGGUCAGGGCAGUAACCCCAGCAGCAGUAACAGCAGCCAGGACUCCCUCAACAAGGCUGCGAAAAAGAAAAGCAUCAAGUCUUCCAUCGGCCGCCUUUUUGGGAAGAAAGAGAAGGGACGGCCGAACCCUUCGGGCAAAGACUCGCCCGGCCAAGCAGGCACUCCAGAGGGAGACGGUUCCCAGGAUGCAUUGGUGCUCAGCAAGCUCGGAGGACCUGGUGAGAAGAACAGGAAGCUGCAGAAGAAGCAUGAGUUGCUGGAGGAGGCCCGCAGACAGGGGCUGCCCUUCGCCCAGUGGGACGGACCGACUGUGGUUUCCUGGCUGGAGCUGUGGGUCGGUAUGCCAGCGUGGUACGUGGCAGCCUGCCGUGCCAACGUGAAGAGCGGCGCCAUCAUGUCCGCGCUGUCGGACACGGAAAUCCAGAGAGAAAUCGGCAUCAGUAACCCGCUCCACCGCCUCAAACUGCGCCUCGCCAUACAGGAGAUCAUGUCUCUGACCAGCCCUUCAGCUCCACCCACCUCUAGAACGUCCACGGGGAAUGUGUGGGUUACCCAUGAGGAGAUGGAGAGCCUGGCAGCCACGCCGCCCACGGAGGAUGACGAGGGCAGCUGGGCCCAGACUCUGGCGUACGGAGAUAUGAACCACGAGUGGAUCGGUAAUGACUGGCUGCCCAGUCUGGGGCUGCCUCAGUACCGCAGCUACUUCAUGGAGUCUCUGGUGGACGCCCGCAUGCUGGACCACCUGACCAAGAAGGACCUCCGUGGCCAGUUGAAGAUGGUGGACAGCUUCCACAGAAACAGUUUCCAGUGCGGUGUGAUGUGUCUGAGGCGGCUGAACUACGACAGGAAGGAGCUGGAGAGAAGACGAGAGGAGUCCCAGGUGGAGGUCCAAGAUGUUCUGGUGUGGAGUAACGAGCGGGUGAUAAAGUGGGUGCAGCUGAUCGGGCUGAAGGAGUACGCUAAUAACCUGCUGGAGAGCGGCGUGCACGGAGCGCUGAUGGCUCUGGACGAGACGUUCGACCACAACACCCUCGCUCUGCUGCUGCAGAUUCCCACGCAGAGCACACAGGCGAGGGCAGUUCUGGAGAGAGAAUACAACAACCUGCUGGCCAAUGGAACAGAGAGAAAACUAGAAGAGGACGAUGAUAAGAAUUUCAGGCGCGCCCCGUCCUGGAGGAAGAAGUUUCGGCCCAAAGACGUGAGGGGUCUCGGCGUGGGCUCGGCCGACACGCUGCCCGCCAACUUCAGAGUGACCAACUCUUCCUCUCCGGCCCUGCAGCCAAAGAAACACCAGCUGGACGGGGGUGUGAGUGGAGUGCAGAGGCUGGACUCGGCUACGGUCAGGACCUACUCCUGCUAACCCAGCGCCACGGUGAGUCUCACUGACAGCACGGCUAACGCUGACGUCUACUGGGAGAUCCUCUUUCAAACUAGGCCGCCACGUCCCCGAGCAGCAGAGGCCUCGUUUGAGUUUUUCUGUAUGAUCUGCUUUAAUAUUAUCAGCAUCAUAGCACGGUUACAUCUUCACUCACUGCCUCUUAGUGACCGUCGAUGAGGGUCCUGGACCCGGUCGUAUCGGCCGAGACGCCGCGCUGUUCCGAAAGUCGCUGUUUGCCGUUUCUUUUGACAGAAAUACAGUUUUUCUCUUGUGAAAUUAGAUGUCGGUCUAACUAGCCAACCUUAAUUUGCCGCUGCAGACCCUUUUAUGUACAGCGAAAGACAUGCGUAUGUUGAAAAAUGGACGGUUAGUCUGGCUGCUGAUGAAUUACUGCUGCAUUGUUUUGUAUGUAGAUUAGUUUUAUUCGCCACCUUUUGUUUAUUAAUUAGAUUUAUAUCUCCUAAAGUACAGUAAUGUUCAUUGAUUAUUUUUUGUAUCGACUAAUAUCUCCUAUUCUAAUGUAUAGGAGUGUUGAGGUUGUUUAUUGACUUAAUAUCUCUUACUGUAUAGGAGUGUUUAUUGAGGUUAUUUAUGGACUAAUAUCUCCUAUUCUAGUAUAUAGGAUCGUUUAUUGAGGUGGUUUAUGGACUAAUAUCUCCUAGUGUACAAGAGCCUUUAUUGAUGUUGUUUAUGGACUAAUAUCUCCUAUUCUAGUGCAUAGGAGCCUUUAUUGAGGUCGUUUAUGGACUAAUCUCCUGUUUUAGUGUAUAGGAGUGUAUAUUGAGUUGUUCAUGGACUGAUAUCUCCUGUUCUAGCAUAUAGGAGCAUUUAUUGAAGUCGUCUAUGGACUAAUAUCUCCUAUUCCAGUGUAUAGGAGCGUUUAUCAAGGUCAUUUAUGGACUAAUAUCUUCCGUUCUAGCAUACAGGAACAUUUAUUGACUUACUUUAUGGACUAAUAUCUCCUCUAGUAGUGUGUUGUAGUGUUUAUUGAGGUCGUUUAUGACUAAUAUCUUCCGUUCUAGCAUAUAGGAGCGUUUAUUUACUUUGUUUAUGGAGUAAUAUCUCCUAUUCUAGUGUAUAUGAGUGUUUAUUGAGGUUGUUGACUGAUAUCUCCCGCUCUAGCAUAUAGGAGUGUUUAUUGACUUUGUUUAUGGACUAAUAUCUCCUCUAGUAGUGAAUGUGAGUGUUCAUUGGGGUUGUUAAUGGACUAAUAUCUCCUGUUCGGGUGUUUUGGGGGGUUUGUUUUGCUCCUUUAAGCUUCUGUAGGAGUUUGUUUAUGGAUCAGAUUGUGUGAUCAUCACUAACUGUACUACAGUAACACUAAAUGCAAACGUUUAAUGCUGAUAAACGUGCUUCAGCAUUCACAGCGCUAAUGUAAAGUGUCUCUCCUCUUGCUUUUCUCUGUUCAUUUCCCACCUUCAUUUUCCUCUGUGCCAUCUAUUUUCUGUCUUUCCAUCCAUUUGCUUCCUCUCUCUCUCUCUCUCUCUCUCUCUCUCUCUCUCUCUCUCUCUCUCUCU